AGUUCUUACGUAACGUUGUUGACAUCGCGCGCGCGUUUCACGGCCCCCAAAGCAGCUGAGCAGGACCAGUACGGCGCGUUGCACGUAAUGAGGUCGCGCGGAGCGCUCCAUUCAUAACCGGAGAGAAAAUAGGGACACGAGCCGCAUCUUCCGCUUCUGUCCAUCCUGUGCUUCGAUCUUCGGAAGCACAAGCCCUUCCGCUUGGUGUGGUGUGUUUUUGGAGGGCCGGUCCUCCGAGAGAGAGAGGGAGAGAGAGAAAACUAAAUCGUCCUUUUGGAUGUCCAUGUAGGCAUUCUCCCUGGUAGGCGUAAAAGUGGGACAAACUGGUCCCCAUCGCGGCACUACUGCACACAGAGCACCACUAUCAGUGAACGAUGGCUUCGCAGAAUGGGCGCGAAUCCAAGGAUGGCCCGUCGCAAGGUGCUUCCUCCGCGAAUGGUGGCGGUGCACCGCAAAUGCAGCAGCAGCAGGAGCAUUCGUGUGAAAUCUGCGGCAUGUCGGGCCUGUCGGAUGACGCGAUGCGUGACCAUACGCGGCAGUACCACGUGGAGGGCAGUGCCCAGUGUCCGUUCUGCGGAUUGUCCGGGGUCCCGGCAGCCGAGCUUCUGCUCCAUGUGAACCAGGCUCACCUGGACUACCUAACGCCCGAGAACGAGCUGAUGAGCUUUAUCGACGAUCAAACGCCAAGCUUUUGCAGUGUCGAUGGUGAUUCGGACUCCAUCUCGGAUUGCCGCGGUUUGUCGCCCUCGAUCACGUCCGAGCUGCUGACACCGAUCUCGUCGUCCGGAGGGAUGAAGGUGGCUUUCAACGGUAGCAGCACCACCACCACCAUCAUCACGACCACAAACACCAGCAGCAGCAAUAGCAGCGGUAUGCUGCUGUCCAGCGCCAGUGGCGGUAGCUUCACGACCGUUUCGUCCACAACCGUCGGUAGCCACGGCAAUCAUCAACCUGCUCCCGCUGCCCAUCAACCGACCGGUCCGGUACAAACGCAUCAAAACGGUGCGCAGCUGUUGGGCAGCCGGAUGACCGGCAGCUCUUCCACGGCUGCCAGUACCAGCAGCAUGAGCAGCAGCAGGUCUAGCUUGGGCAGUAGUAGCACCAACCUUAGCAAUGGAUUAUCGAACGGUUUAGCGUCGACGGGCCACAGCUCGAACGGGAAAGGCAACAGUCAGCAUUAUCACUUCCCCGACGUUACGAUGGCAGCAGCCGGUGAACCACCGCACACGAACGGUACCGGAGGGAGUAAGGAGGGGGCAGGUGGUUCGGUGAUGAAUGGCGGUGGUGCUGGCUGUACGACACCGGCCGGUGCGGGUGCUGGUGGACAAGGUUCUCCGCUGCGAUCACAGCUCGGGCUGAAGCUUAAAUCACACAAACCGAAUUCGUUCAGCAUACCGGCAGGCAGCGGGUCGGAAGUGGCGAAUGGGUCGGUGGGAGGAACGGGUGGCCCAACCACCAUGACGAUUACAACGACGGCCACAACGAUCACGACGAAGCAGGCGAGUCCACUGCAAUGUCUCCUUUGUCCGUACACCUCCGACAACCCGUCGGUGCUGGAGGAACACAUAAACCGGUCCCACUUUGAUCCGCUCAGCCCGGGUGUGAAUGGUGCCGGUGGAGCGGGUGCCGGAGCUGGAGCAGCUGGUGGAGGCGGAAGCGGACAGCACCUGGACACGCUCAGCGUUCUGCAGUGCCCGAUCUGCAACCGAACGUUUGAGUCGGGUUCGGAUCUGGAGCUGCACGUAAACAUCGAACAUCGGGACAUUCUUAGCCCGGCGAAAGCGGACGGCGGUCGGGCUACGAACGGUACACCGUCCGGUGCGGCAGCACACAACGGCAGUAGCUACGGUGGGAGCAGCAGCAGCCUGUGUCCGGUGUGUGGCAUUUCGUUCGAUCACAUGAAAACGCAGGAAAUGGAGUACCACAUCGAGAAACACUUUUCCAAGAGCCCGCAAAACCCGUUCCAGGGUGGUGCCGUUGGUGGCGGUGGAGGAGCCGGUGGCAACGGUGGUGGCGGCGGCGGUGGUGGUGGUAACAAUGCAUCGACCGUAGCAGUCGAUCUGGAAAAGCAAGCGCAAAAGCUGCGCGAGCAGCGUGAGUUUGAGAUGUUGCGCGCCCAGUACGGUAUGGAUGAUCAGGGCAACUUCCGGGAGCAAUCGGCAGCCGCCAUGCAGCGUGCGGUGUACGCGGGUGAGAUGAGCGUGGCGGAUUAUUACGAGCGACAGGUUGGGCUGCGGGCGGCCGAGUCACAUGGUGUGGAUGAUGGGUCGUCCUGUACGAAGUCGGUAUCGCCACGGGUAUUGUCGCUGUCGUCCUCGUCGCCAAACGUGAUCAAAACGUACGUGUGCUCGAGCGUGGAUCACUAUGCGUCGAGCUAUGGCGAUAAGGGAUGGGGCUGCGGCUAUCGGAACCUGCAGAUGAUGCUUUCGUCGCUGCUGCAGAACACAUCGUACAACGAAGCACUGUAUUCGGCCUGGGGAUCGCAUGGACCGGCACGAACAGCCAUGCCCAGCAUCUCACGCCUGCAACGGAUGGUGGAGGCAGCCUGGGCGCAAGGUUUCGAUAUUCAAGGUUCGGAGCAGCUGGGUUGCAAGCUUUACAACACACGGAAGUGGAUCGGUGCAACCGAAAUCGUGACCGUGCUGUCCUGGUUGCGCAUCCGCUGCGAGCUGGUUGAUUUCCAUCGGCCCACCUCCUCGGACGGACGCCAUCCGGAGCUGUUUAACUGGGUGUUGCGCUACUUCGAGGAGCCGCGCAUCCACACGCCUCCACUGUACCUGCAGCACCAAGGUCACUCACGCACAAUAAUAGGUAUCGAACAGCGCACGUCCGGCCUGUCGCUGCUGGUGCUGGAUCCGAGCCAUGGUCCGCGGCAGGUAGCGGCGCUAGGGUCGUCGCAGGAUUCGUUGCGCUUGAUACGCAAAAAUUCGGCUGCAAUGCGUGCACCCCAGUACCAGGUCGUGGCAGUGAAGGGACUGAUCGAUACCGAGGAUCAGUAUCAGGCUAGCAAAGUGUUGAAAUCAUUACGCAUUCCGCCUGACCGUUGACGAGCUUCGCUGUGCUACCGGCCGGUUCGUCCUGCGGCAUCAGCGAUACCCCGUUUUAACUUCAAACACCUCCGCUACAAUAAUAGUAAUAAUGUCUACCUUCCAAAGGAACCGCACGCGCCGCAGCAAACAGUGAUCGAAAUAUUUUAGUUUUUGAUCCCCUAGAAUCCUACCAAACAUAAGCUUAUAUUCCUUUAGAUGCAACCGCAAGCGACACACUUUGUACCGAUAUUGCAGCAUGCACACCGUGACAGCAAAGCUAACAAACAAACUGUAAAAGCUAGUAUAAGCAACAGGAAGAGAGUGGUGCACACGUUUGGGCUGUAUGUGCUAAGGUGCAUUUGGGUGCAAGGAAAACGGAUCGGUGUGCAGGGAAUUGGGAGGAAAUUGUGUGGAAAUUGCUCGAAGCGCCUCAUGGAACGGUAAAAGUAGAACAAGAUCUUUUGCAGGAUCAUACCAUUGGCGAAAAUAGCUUUUAAACCACAAAACUGGCUUAUUAUGAUUUUAUGUCCUUAUUCUUUUGAUGAUAAGCGGUUCCUUAGUUGAGCGAAGGUUAAAAAAAUACAAAUUAAAGACAAACAACAAGGUCUUCUUUUAUUUUCUUCAGGAUUCCUAUCUCAUAUAUAGGAUAUAAGUUUAUUUAACAUGAUUCUCCCCUGAUGUUGAAUGGAGCACUGCUUAUUAAAUUAUGUCAUUGACUCCUCGAGUUAAUCGAUAAUCUAGGCUUGAGGAGCAUCUAAGGCCAUUUCGAUGAGAAGGCUCGAUGUCCACGAGUCUUCUUCCACUUUACGAUCUCUUGGUAGACUCUUAGCCGACAAAGUAAGAUGUGUUGAACGGCGAGACUUGUUCGAAUAGGAGAAAGAGGGAUAAAAACCCUAAGGGGAAGUCUAGUCCUAAGGGAAGUCGGAAGCUAAAGGCGAUACUACAGUCUCUCAGUCCUCAGUUGAUAGUUCUUAGAUUUGAACUUUAAAGCUAUUUUCGAUUCAAAUUUCACUCAUUUGCUUCCGCUUGCUUACGUUCACUAAACAAGGUUGCUCAAGAAAAUUUUUUCUUCACAAGCAACUCAAAGGAUUCCGAUUCCGAGUUUGGUGGUCCUGCAAAAAAAAAAAAAAAACAAUCGGUAAAAUCGGGUUCAGCUAAGACAUGUGAUGUAAUUACGCCAUUCGGAACAUUCUUUAAAAAAAAACAUUUCUAGGCAAAGAAAAAAAACACACACUAAAUGUACACUUUAAAAUAAGCUAGAUCACAUACGCGCGAGGAAUGUGCAAAGGAAUGCAAAAAAAAAAAACAAAAAACCAAGUGAAAGAAUUACUAACAACUAACGGUAGCACACAUGACAAUCCUUUUCCUCCCUGAACAAACAGAGAAAAACAGAUACCUUCAAAAAUAAAACAUAAAAAGCGCGAAGUAUAUAGAGAAAAGCGCCUAAAAACGAAAAGACAAAGCAAAGACGAGACACAACCAACACGUACCACACACCCCUGCAGCAACAAGAGUGAUCCUAGAAAAACUUUCAAUUAAAGGAUUGUGAUAUGUAAUAACAAAAGAUCGAGCCGAGCAGGCUAAUAAUUGCCGCGCUCCAGGGGGAGAUAUACAGCUUAACGAUUGGUUUAUCAAAAAAAAAAAAAUGACUUGGAAUAUUGCAAUAUUCAAGUGGAACCGUGAAAUUCAAAAACAAACCCGCUUAAAAUGCACAAUACGGUACAAACAGUAAUACAAUUCGGUAAAGAAAAGCAACACACAAACGAGAAUGUCGUUCUUAACGCCUGUACGUAUGCUAUGUACCUUUGCGCCGAUCGGUAUAAAAUUUUCAAACGA